GAGGGCGAAACCAUCCUGCUAAGCUGUCACGUUCAUGUCGAGCAACUAGAACCACCCAACAAAGUAUUUUCCAAUUGUGAAUCCAAACACUUUUAACGCUCGUUACUAGUCAGACAGUCUGUGGACAGACAUGGCGACCCAGUGUGUGACCAAGGUGGAGCUGACGGUGUCCUGUGAGAAUCUCCUGGAUAAAGACAUCGGCUCCAAGUCUGACCCUCUGUGUGUGCUUCAAACGAGCAGCUCUGAAUCCCAGUGGUACGAGGUGGACCGCACAGAGAAAGUCCAGAAUUGCCUCUGCCCAAAGUUUGCGAAGAAAUUUGUCAUCGACUACUACUUUGAAAUAGUGCAGAAACUGAAGUUUGGGAUUUACGACAUCGACAACAAAACUGUUGACCUGAGUGAUGACGACUUCCUGGGGCAACUGGAGUGCACCUUGGGCCAGGUUGUGUCCAGUAAGAAACUGACCCGGCCACUCGUCUUGAAGAACAAGUCCCCUGCAGGAAAAGGGACCAUCACAAUCAGUGCUGAAGAAAUAAAAGAUAGCCGGGUGGCCAACUUUGAAGUUGAAGCAAGGAAACUAGAUAACAAGGAUUUCUUUGGGAAGUCCGACCCGUACCUAGAAUUCUACAAGCAGACAGCAACUGGAUGGCAACUCGCUCACAGGACCGAGGUGGUGAACAACAACUUGAACCCAACAUGGAAACCCUUUCGCAUCCCCCUGCAGUCUCUCUGCGGAGGAGACCUGGAGAAACCGAUAAAGGUUGAGUGUUAUGACUAUGACAACGAUGGCUCCCACGAUCUUAUUGGUGCCUUUGACACCACAAUGACACGCUUCCAGCAAGCAUCACGAACGUCUCCGGCAGAGUUUGAAUGUGUCAACAGUAAAAAGAAAGAGAAGAAGAAAAGCUACAAGAACUCUGGUGUUGUGAGCGUGAAGAUAUGCCAGGUGGUGAAGGAGUAUACCUUCCUCGAUUAUAUUAUGGGAGGCUGUCAAAUCAACUUCACUGUGGCUAUUGACUUCACAGGCUCCAACGGGGACCCCAGGUCUCCUCAGUCUCUGCAUUACAUUAGUCCUCAGGGGGUCAACGAGUACCUCUCUGCUAUCUGGUCUGUGGGCAACGUCAUCCAAGACUAUGACACCGACAAGAUGUUUCCUGCCUUUGGCUUUGGAGCACAAACCCCUCCCACAUGGCAGGUUUCCCAUGAGUUUCCUCUCAACUUCAACCCAGCAAAUCCCUUUUGUACAGGCAUUGAAGGUGUGGUGGAGGCCUACAGGGCGUGUCUGCCCCAGGUCAAACUCUACGGUCCCACCAACUUCUCCCCUAUCAUCAACCAUGUAGCCUGCUUUGCUAAGCAAGCCCUCCAGCAGACCACUGCAUCGCAAUACUAUGUCCUGCUGAUCAUCACUGACGGAGUGAUCACUGACAUGGAUGAGACGCGGAGCGCCAUCGUCAACGCCUCUCGUCUGCCCAUGUCCAUCAUCAUCGUCGGAGUGGGCGGGGCCGACUUCAGCGCCAUGGAGUUUCUGGAUGGAGACGAUGGACGUCUGCGCUCUCAGACCGGCGAGACUGCCAUGCGAGACAUCGUCCAGUUCGUGCCAUACCGGCAGUUCCAAAAUGGUCCCCGAGAAGCGUUAGCAAAGAGCGUGUUGGCAGAAGUACCAGGUCAGCUGGUGGACUUUUGCAAUACCACGAAGCUGAGUCCACCCAAAGCCAAUGCUGCCCCAAAGCCUGCAGGUACCAUCUGAUGACAUGAGGAAGAACCCAGACACAGACCCAUCUCAUCUGCUGCACAUAUAAAGCAGAUCAUCACACAAUUAGACAAAAGUCCUUCCUACACUUGCCUUACUCAAACCUUUAUUUCACCACCUCAAGGAAAUACCAGCAUGCAGCUUAGUCCAAAACAACCACCCCAAACACACAAUGCAUCCACACUCAUGACCAACCUGUGUAUUUUUAAGUGUCAAAAUAGCUUUUGUUAUAUCUUAGCAUUGUGUGUUCAUUUUAGCUGUUAUUCAGUGCUACUGCAUAUUAGAAAUAGGAAACAAGCAUAAUCAUUCCGCCAUUGUUGAAAAUAUAACUUGAUAGGCAGGGAAUUGCACUUUUAAGAUUUUUUUUUUUUUUUAAAGAAAGUAUUAAAAAUACACAUUUAAGCAUUCAUUGUUUCAGAAGUAAUCACUCAAACAUUGCACUGUGUGUUCACUAGUCGGCUGCAGGCUCUUUAAUUCGGAGUGUGCAGUUACAAUAGUUUUGUAAACGUCUUUUAGGCAUUAAGAUAACAAAGGGGAUCUUUUAAUUAUGAGAAACUGGUGUGACUCAGUAUAUAUAUCAUAGGGUAGUGGACCCCCCCCCAUAUACGCUGUUUACAUCCUCAGUGGAAUAGCUGCAGCGCUGCUAGUAGCAUAAUUAUGUACAAAUAGCCAAGUAGCUUUGUUAAUAUUAAUGGAUGCACCUGCUUCUUUAUGCACUCUAACGUUUUACUCAUUACUCAAUGAAAUGCCAAACUGUGUGUGUCGGUUAUAAACCUGUGUAGCCCCAGAGCGGUUUGUACCUUAAGUAUGAAAUAUUGUGACGACUAGAAAGUGGUCUCAUUGAUUCGGUGGUAUUGUGCCAGUCUCAUGACUUGUAUGUGUGUACAUUUACUGUGGUCUACCAUUGUGCCAGUUACUUCGCUGUUGUUCCUGGACAAGGACUGUCAAUUCCAUAGAUAUGACUAUGUAUAUCAGUAUUACACAUGCUGUCACCACAGAAACGAGAUACAGUACUGCUUACUGACAUCUGGUCACGGAUAGUUUUUAUGGUUGCACGAUGAAAGCAUGCUUCUGACGUAUCAGCUUUGGUGCUAUAAUAGAAAUGUGCCUUUGUGUCAAUAUAAAGUACAUCACAGUUCUAUUAAAGCAUCUCUUAUUCAA